AUGAGUCGAAAGAUUGAGAAGUUGGAUUCUUAUGUUUUGAAGAGGCUCAAAUCUCAAAUAUACGCAAGUUCAUUAGCAUCAGCGGUUAGGGAAAUAGUCCAAAAUUCUGUAGAUGCGCAUGCGGCCAAUAUCAAUGUCAUGAUCGACUUUUCCGACUUGAGUUUUGCGGUUUACGAUGAUGGUACUGGUGUGAGCCGAAGUGACCUGAAUAUUCUGGCUAGUCAAAAUUAUACUUCAAAAAUGUGCAAGAUGACUGAUCUAGCGGCAAUAAAGACGUACGGCUACAGAGGCGACGCCCUAUAUAGCAUUUCCAACGUCUCUAAAUUAUUUAUUUGUUCCAAGAUCAAAGAUUACAACUCUACAUGGAUGAGAAAAUUUCCAUCUAAAAGCGUCAUGCUAAGUGAGAAUACCGAGCCUCCGGUGGAUCCUUUUUGGAAAGUCCACUCUUGGAGUCAAAGAGAAUCUGGCACUAUUGUUGUUGUCGAGGAAAUGCUACAUAAUUUACCGGUUCGGCGCAGCAUUUUGAAGGAAGAACCUCUGUUUAAGACCUUCAACACUCUUAAGACGGAUAUGCUACAGAUAUUGGUAAUGCAUCCGAUGGUUUCACUUAACGUACGAUAUACAGAAAAACUAAGAGGCCAGACAGAAGUACUUUUCCGUUCAAGGAAUAUAACCGAGGGAUUAACAAAGCACCAGAAGAUGUCUCAAGCAUUAAGGAAUGUGUUUGGGGCAAUAAUACCACCAGAUAUGCUCAAGAAAGUUUCCUUGAAAUUUAACGAUUAUCAAAUUGAGGGUAUUAUAUCCAAGAUUCCUGUCCGAUUGAAAGAUCUGCAAUUCAUAUAUAUCAAUGGUAGACGUUAUGACGACAACGCGUUCCAAGAAUAUAUCGAUUCUUUAUUUCGAAUGCAGGAUUUUGGUAACAAUAAUUUGAAUUUACUUAGAACUAAAAGUGUGGGAAAACCUUAUCGAUCACACCCUCUUUUCAUUCUUGAUGUACAAUGUCCUCAGACCGUUGAUGAUCUGUUACAGGAUCCUGCCAAGAACGUUAUAAAGCCUUCUCAUAUUCGCACCAUUGAACCAUUAAUUGUCAAGACUGUUCGUUCCUUUUUAAUGUUCCAGGGCUACUUAUCUCCUGAUCAACUGAAUGAAUCACUGGAAACAGUCAAUCAUUCACAGACAGUUGCAACAUCCACAAGCAGACAAAGCCAAGUAAGCAAAUGUGAUCGAGUGUUAAACUCAAAAAUGAAAGUUGCACGCGUCAAUCUGUAUCAAGAAAGAUCUGCUGUCGGUAAGUUUAAAAUAAGUAAAAGCACAAUAAACUAUGAAAGAAUCAAAAAAAUAAGACUUGACAGCCAGAAAUCAAGUUUGCAGAGCAAGCUCUCUUCUGAUCACUAUGAUGUUGGUAUUGGUAUCACACGUGACUAUGACAAUACAGAAAACAGUUUAACGAAUUUUUCCAUAUCCAGAUCUGUUCUGGCAGAUUAUGAAGUGAUUAAUCAAGUGGAUAAUAAAUUCGUUCUCAUACGAUGUUCAGACCAAUCUGUUUAUUAUACCCCGAUCUUGAUUUUAGUUGACCAACAUGCUUGUGAUGAGAGGAUACGCUUAGAAGACUUGCUUCAUAAUCUAUUAACGGACGUAUUAACAGAAACUUUCAUCACACAAGACUUGACUAAUUGCUUCAUUGAAAUCGAUCGUACCGAAGCUGAUUUAUUCAAGUAUUAUCAACGCGAAUUCAAAAAGUGGGGAAUCAUCUAUGAAACCAUCAAUGGCACAUUAGAGGCGUCCCUUUUGCAAAUUAAAACGUUGCCUGAAAUAUUAGCAUCCAAAUAUAACGGAGAUAAGAGCUACUUAAAAAUGGUCUUACUGCAACAUGCCAAUGACUUGAAAGAUUUCAAGAAACUUCCAAUGAAUCUGCCCUAUCUGAAAGGUAAUAUCCCAAUUGAUAAAUUUUAUUGGUGGAAGUAUUCAAGCUGCGUUCCAACAGUCUUUCACGAAAUCCUUAACAGUAAGGCAUGUAGGUCAGCAAUUAUGUUUGGGGAUGAACUAAGUCGACAAGAGUGCGUCAUUUUAAUUGGCAAACUUUCUAAAUGUCACAAUCCAUUCCAAUGCGCCCACGGAAGACCUUCUAUGGUGCCAAUUGCGGAGUUGAAGCAAAAAGAAUGUUGA